AUGGCACGAAGAAGAGCUCUUACAGAAGCAGAAUUGGCCUUCGAAGCGGAAAAUUUGACUGAUUUUGAUGCUUCAGAUUUCUCCGAUGACUCCAUUGCAGACCCUACUUUCUCCCAAAAUCAAAGCUCCAGUUCUAGUGGAGAUGAAGGAGAUAAAGAAGUUAAAUCAUCGGAUGUUGAGAACGAGGACGAAGCUGCUGAAGUUGUUCCUUUAGCUGAUAUUUUACCAGAGAGGAGGUGGGAACCUGUGGCAGGAGACAGAAAGACAUUUCCUUUUUCUGCUGUCCAGACAGGCGUUCCUGCAGAUCUUAUACAGAAACUUCAUGGAGCAUCUCCUGUAGUAUAUUUUGUGCAUUUCAUAGACGAUGAUGUAAUAUCGGUGUUGGUAGAAGAAACUAAUAGAUAUGCUGCACAGAAAAAUGCAACAGGAGCUGGAACUCCCAGACUCAAUAAAUGGACUAACACUGAUCCUGCAGAGAUGCGAAAAUUUCUAGGCAUCGUCAUUUGGAUGGGACUAAUGCAUUUGCCUAAACUAAGAGACUACUGGUGCACGAAAAGAAUGUAUGAAAACGGAAUUCGAAAAGUAAUGAGCUGCAAUAGAUUUGAGUUGUUGCUGAUGAUGUUUCAUUUAUCAAAUAAUGAGGAACUCAUAAACCCAGAAGACAGGCUUCACAAAAUUUCAAAAUUUUUGAAUAUGCUCGAAAAAAAUUUCAAGGAAUCCUAUUAUCCCGAAGAAGAAGUGUGUAUUGACGAAAGCAACGUCCCAUUUCGGGGACGUAUAUACUUUCGACAAUAUCUUCCUAACAAAAGAUACAAAUACGGCAUAAAAGUUUUCAAACUUUGUGUCAAUGGAGGAUACACUUGGUCGUUCAAAGUCUACACAGGAAAAGAGCGAGUACAAGAAAUAUCUGUUUCCGAGAAAAUUGUGAAAGAACUAAUGAAUGGACUACUGGAUACAGGUAGAACUCUGUAUACAGACAAUUGGUAUACAAGCGUCUCGCUUUCUGAAAACCUAAUCCAGCGGCAAACACAUCUGGUCGGAACCCUAAGAUCUAAUAGAAAAAAUAAUCCCCCAGAUGUGGUGAAAGCAAAAUUGAGAAGAGGUGAAGUCGUAGCCCAACAAAAUCAAAAUAAAACCGUAGUCUGCAAAUGGAAAGACAAACGCGAUGUUUUGAUGCUGUCUACCAAACAUGAUGACUCCAUGGUUACAGUACAUCGAAGGGGACAAGAUGUUCAUAAACCUACAAUGGUGGUUGAAUAUAACAAAGGGAAGGCUUUUGUUGACCACUCCGACCAGAUGGCAGCAUAUGCACCAUAUGUGAGAAGAACUGUCAAGUGGUAUAAAAGACUAGUUUUUCAUUUUAUCACAUCGACCGNAAGGUCAUAA